GGCUUUUGCUACCGUCUGAUUCUUGAGCUCGACGCCCUUAUCUAGAUGACUAGCAAGAAAGAAGUGACCACCGAAGCGUCGAGAGACCGCCUGGUUGCGCGCUUUCGGGAACAUCACUUACAAGAGCCUGAUGAAGUGGACCUCGCUUCUGAUGUAACUGCGAUUCUAACUCAAAUUGUUCAUGAUGAGUCCCCCAAGUACUCUCUUCAAGAUGUUGCCUAUGCAUUGGCUACUUUGGGCGCAUCCUCUAGCUUGGACGCACUCCAUGUAAUACCACUUCUCCUGGACUACCAAGAUGGGGCCGCCGAUGAAAUCUUAGCUCUUCUGGCGGAAUGCGGGAAUGCGAAGGAAACCUUAAUGUCUGUGCAGGAAUCAUUCGAAAAGCUGUAUCAUGAUCUCCGUUCAGAUGACACACUUAGAGAAGAACGAUUACCUAUUCGCGUUAAGCGACUGCUUUAUCUAUGCAUUGGAGCGAUCCCUCGACUUAAGCUUCGUAAGAGGACCGCAUCGGAAACACUCCGACCUCUUUUCGGUACUAUAGCACCGGUAUUAGAGUUGCUCCAACCGUCCCUACAGAAAACCGAUGGAAGGAUUGUAGUGCAGUUAUUAUGUAACUUGCUGUCCAGCACUGUUGUGUGGGCCUCACAACGUGUUGAGGCGGACCUUUCUGCUGUGAAGGAACUAUGUAGAAGGAUAUUUAGUUCUACAGUGGAGAAUCUUUCUUCUUUCCUCGAGCUGGACUUGGCUCGACAGAGCUUUGAAGCGAUCAACCCCCGGCUGUCCAAAAACAAAACAGGAACAAUAAAUUCCGAAACCGAUGCCCUUCUGCAGCAGUGUAUUGACGUCGCACUGGUGCUAUCAUAUUCAAUCGACGAGCUGCUUCAUGAAGGCACUACGGCUUCUCUCGUCCUACUUUCUAUUCUACUCUCCCGAACUUCGUUGCAAGUACCAUCCCCAAACUCUGUGCUAACAGCAGUGUUUCCUGUCCUUGUUGCGGCGUUGCAGUCCGGUAUAUGCGUCGAUUCGUGUUUGAAUAUCCUCCUACACGUACUUCAUCCACCGAACCGUAACGUGUCCAUGGACAUUGAUCCAGACUUACUGGCUCCGUUAAGCUCGACACUUGGUCCAAUUGCGAGUACAUCUCCCGAUCCAGUCGUACGACAUAUUGCCUUUCGCAUAUUAGGUACAUUCAUCUCUCGAGCGCCAGCUUUGGAGCGAAUGAGCCUAUUACGCGAGCUACUUGUCGAGUCUCCGUUUCCCUCACUUCGUGUUGCAUCCGUUGGUCUUCUCAAAAAUGCUGUCAUGGAAGCGUUGGCGGCUACCUCCAAAGGUGGUGUCAACCCGUUCGCGAGUUCUGCUUUGCUUCGUACAUUUGGCUAUAUAGUCUUAAGACCCGAUCCACCGGAAUUGUUCAGCAAACCGCCCGAUCGCGCGUCUUUAGUGUCGUUUUUAGAGAUGCAAGAGCCUCGACGGCUUGUGGAAUGUCUGGGGUUUUAUUACGUUUUACUUCUUUCCGACACACGUAACCUUACGGGCGUACGGGAGCAAAGUCAUAUAACCUCUGUUGAAAGGGAGUUUUUGACUCCGCUCAGAAAUACACUGCACACAUGGGCUGAACUAGAAGAACAAGAGUCAGUUGGCGAACACGACGGAAUGGCUCUUGCUAGUCUUGAAAUUAGCCUUGAAAGGAUAGAUGAAGCAUAUGAAAAACUAGGUCUUAGACCAUUGUAAGGCCUUAUGGGGACCGACUCGUCAAGGCUUCCUGUGAUGCAUCCUUGCUUUUAUUUAAUGCUCUAUCAUUGUACUGAUGGUAUUGUAGAACUACAGUAACUUUAUAUAUUAUUCUCUCUGAAUAUUUAUUGACUUCUGCUUCCACGAAAUUUAACAACUGGAUCGGACAUACUCUGUACAAGCUACACAGCUACAUGCUUUAGAAGUAAGACAUAUUUUUCGCGUCCGAGGUGAGGUAUUCUGCACUACGCCUCAGUUGGGGAUGCAUCGCCAUGUCUUCUCCCGUCGGUACGUCUGCUUCUGAGAAAACCGUUGAAAAAGGAACAGGUAUCUUGACCGAAAUCGGCAUUGCCACUGGUACUGGCCGGUACGGAAACGAGAGAGUACCUAUGCUGCCGGUCGGGCCAUUAGGUACACAACUCUGAAACCCGUCACUGACUGGCACCAAAUUGGCAAAGCCGGAAAGAACAUGCUGGACACAAGAGGCGUCCAAUUGUGCGUCUGUGCCCAUGCCGUUCCCUCCUGAAAAGUGGAAGUCUGGUUGUACGGCGU